CCCGGAUGCUGACGCAGCUUCACAGCAGAUAUGAUCGCUAUCAUUAUAACUAGCGUGUGACGAUUCUAACGGUGAUGAUAAUGCCAGUUCUCCCGCAAUAUUGAGUUAUCGCAUGUGUGCGUGCAUCAAAGAAACCACACUUAAUUAAAUAUUGUUCCAGUUUGCAAUGAGUGGUCUUUGAGUGGUGUGUGCAUCUAGCUCCUUCUAAACGGACAUCAUCUAAUUUAAUUGUUCUGAUCGGACAAGUUUCAGUGGUUUCCAUCGUUUAUUAAUUAGCACCUAAGAGCAGAACAAUAUUUUACAUGGUCCUUCGAGCCGGAUUAGGCAACUUCUGAAUUAAUAUAAUGUCCAUACAUAGUGAGGAGAUUAGUGAUGCUACUGUUCGCUCUCGACGCCGAACACAGAUGCCAAAGUACCUUGAUGACUAUGAGGUGGAUUAUGUGCCAGAGCAGCCAUCAGCACACAAACCCUCAGACCACUCCAACGUGGGAGAACAGCCAAUAGGGGCGACAGGAGGUCCAUUACCGCUUCACAACCCCCUGGUUGCUGGCAUUGAUCACUUUGCUGCCUAUGAGGGGAAUUCACAUUUCUCACCUGAAGCACUGGAGAUGCGCCUUAAGGAACUGGAGAAAGAGAACCGUCAACUUAGACGUGACCUCAGUGAACACUCAGCAGCUCACACUUCAAGAUCAUUGUCUCCAUCUCAACCAUUUCAUUCAUCCAGACAUUUGACGUGCAAUAUGGAGAAUCGAAUAUCUACCUCACCAUCACACCACAGAGUAACGUCAACAAGAGAUCAAAGCGAUCCACGUUAUGAAGGAGAAAGGUCAGUGAAACACAGUGAGGAUAAGUUGCACUCAGAACGUCAAUGUGAUAGAAUAGAUGAGAUCAUUCAUGAGCUUCAGAGGAUGAAAGCGGGUUCCAAGCAAUCUAGAACAAUCUCGCCAUCGCCUGAGCGUGCAGUAACACCCCAGAGGGCAGAUCAUGCGGAUGAAAGUUACCAUCCCUCGAGACAUCAAUCCUCACACUAUUACAGCCCUACCUCCAGGCAGCAGAGACCAUUUGUGCCUUAUCAUUCUUCAUUGCCAAUCAGUCAAGAGAACACUUAUCGUGGUCCAACCCCUACCAUUCCUAACUUCACCAAAGAGGAUCCACGUGAGUUUGCCAGGUUAAAGGUAGCUCUUGACAAUCUCCUGCCUGCUGAUGCCAAAGAGCACUUUAAGUUCCAAAUAUUGAUGGACCACUUGAAGUUUGAGGAAGCAUUGCUCAUUGCUGACUCCUACAGUAACAGCAGGUACCCUUAUACUCAUACCAUGCAGGCACUAACCGAACUCUAUGGGCAACCCCAUCAACUCGCACUUCAACGCAUUGCUGUUAUGAUGGAUGGGCCCAGCAUAAGAAGUGGUGACACCAGAGCAUUCAGGCUUUUUGCACUAAAGGUGCGAGCCCUCGUUGGAAUGUUGGAUCAGUUAGGAGAUCCUGGACGUACAGAACUGGCUUGUGGGUCGCACGUCUCCCGCCUCCUAGCUAAACUACCUCACGAUCUCAGAGCAAACUUUAAGAGGUAUGUCAAUCCACUCAAGACACCUAUCCCUACCUUGCUUGAAUUUGCAGAAUGGCUGGAGUAUGAGGUGAGGGUACAAGAGGACGGUACCCAGUUCGGUAUUGACCCUGGUAGAGAGAGACUGAGCUUCCGCAAAGACCAGCAAAGAGUGCCUAAAGUAGCACACAAAUCUACUGCCAUCUUCCAUGGAAGUGAGCAAAGUCCAGUUUCCAAGGUUGAAGAGGUUCGUCGGAAUACAGUUUCAGAGGUGAGAUCACUAGAGAAACCAAAGAAAUACUGCCCCUUCUGUAAUACAACUCAGCACUAUCUCAAUCAGUGUUCAAACUUCAAGCUGCUGACCAAAGAGCAGAUUGUUACCUGGAUCAGAUCCAAUCAGAGAUGUUGGAAAUGUGGGCGCGAACACCAAGCAGGUCAGUGUACUCUUAAAGCGAAGUGCAAGAAGUGUCAAAGGAGACAUCUAGAAAUUCUGCAUGAGGCCAACAAUGAAAUGAGUGCUAAUGCCACCAAAGAAACGGGAGAGAUCACCCAGUCUACCAGCAACACGAUAGAAACUCUGUAUGUUGAUAGACCUACUGGCAGCAGUAAAGUAUUACUGAAAUUGUGCAGAGUCCUCAUACGCAACGGAGACUUUUCACUAGAUACAUACGCAUUACUAGAUGAUGGUUCAGAGCGCACAAUACUUCUCCAUGAAGCAGCUCAGCUACUCAACCUCAAUGGUAAACCCGAAGACCUGUCUCUUCGCACAGUGCGCCAAGACAUCCGCAUUAUUCAUGGCUUCACAGUAUCAUUCUCAGUGAGUCCAGCUACACAACCAGAUCGCAACUUCACAAUAAGAAGAGCUUUCACAGCGGAGGAGCUUGGAUUAGCCCCUCAUUCCUACCCAAUUGAAAUGCUCCAGAAUAAAUAUCGCCAUCUCAGAGGCCUACCUCUUCAGUCAAUUGACCAUGCAAGGCCAUUACUGCUCAUUGGGUCAGAUUACCCACAACUGAUCACCCCUAUUGAGCCAGUUCAUUUGGGACCCCCCGGAGGUCCAGCGGCUGUGAAAACUAAUUUGGGAUGGACACUCCAAGGUCCAUCAAAGUUCCUUGAACACGUCCCACAUACACAACAGUGCUUGUUCACAUCUGUAAGCCUUACGCCUAAUGAUCUAUACAGUCAAGUGGAGCGGUUGUGGCAGAUGGAUAUCUUGCCCUACCAAAAUGAACGACUUGUGACGAGGUCAAAGCAAGAUGCAGAAGCUGUGCGUAUUCUGGAGGAGAAAACCAUCAGGGUUGAAGUUGAAGAUGUGCAAAGAUACGCUACCCCUCUCCUCUGGAAAGUCAGUCCUCCACCUCUAGCUUCCCCAAAGGAAGCGGUAAUGCCUCAUUUGAGAAGGACUGAAAAUCAGCUGGCACAGAGCUUAGAGAAAUCCCAAGCAUAUACAUCUGAGAUGAACAGGCUGCUAGAAUCAGGCUAUGUGAGAAAAAUUCCCAAAUCCACAGCUGUACAGACUCCAGGGUGGUACAUUCCACAUCACAUGGUCCACCACAACGGAAAGAACAGGAUGGUAUUCAAUUGUUCUUUCAACUUCCAAGGGCUGAACUUGAAUGAAUAUCUCCUUCCUGGGCCAACUCUGGGUGCUACCUUGCUGGGAGUACUUCUCCGUUUCAGAGAGUAUGCAGUAGCCAUUAGCAGUGACAUAAAGGGGAUGUUUCAUCAGGUGCGUCUCCUACCCGAAGACCAACCAUUCUUGCGAUUCCUUUGGCGACACCUGAAACCAACCAAUGCACCUGAUGUCUAUCAGUGGUCAGUGUUACCCUUUGGCACCACGUGCAGCCCCUGCUGUGCAACCUUUGCUCUUCGGAAACAUGUUGCUGAUCACAGCCAACCAGAUAAUGAGGUACGAGUAGCAGUAGAUCGUUGUUUCUAUGUGGACAACUGGUUGCAAAGUGUCCGCUCUCUUGAGAUUGCCAGACAAUUAGUGGAUGAAAUGCGACAUCUGCUGGCCAAGGGUGGAUUUGAACUGCGUCAAUGGGCUAGUAACACUCCCCAACUGCUGCAACACCUGCCGCAGCAAAUCAGGUCAGAGAAACAUGAGCUUUGGUUUAGUUCAGACAGAGCCGACCCCCAGGAACGCACACUAGGACUUAGGUGGCAGUGCAGAUCCGACACCCUUGGUUAUAAACAUGGCCAUGUUGUAAAAACUGAGCCCACUAUGCGACACAUAUAUAGCAUCCUUUCCAGUCAGUAUGAUCCACUUGGAUUCAUCACCCCAUUUACCACUAGAGCUAAGAUCAUAGUCCAGAGGCUCUGGGACAAAAAAAGAGAAUGGGAUGACCCUGACCUGCCCACUGACCUCAAAAAUGCAUGGCUCACAUGGGAAGAUGAGCUUCCACAACUUUCCUGUGUCACACUGCCCAGAUGCUACACAACAAAGGUAGAUCCAUUGACCAGCUCAAGAACUGUGCACACCUUCUGUGAUGCCUCAGAGCGAGCGUAUGGAGCUGUAGCCUAUCUCCGCACGGAAGAUAGCAAAGGACAGAUAGAGGUGUCAUUCUUGGCAGCUAGAUCGCGAGUAGCUCCAAAGAAGCAGCAAACAAUUCCCCGACUUGAGCUAUGCGCUGCUUUAACUGGAGCACAAUUGGCAGCAGUUCUGAAAAGAGAGCUCACACUGGACAUCAGCAGUUUCAGAUACUGGACUGAUUCUACAACCGUUCUUAACUGGCUUCAAUCAGACUCAUGCCAUUUUAAAGUGUUUGUAGGAACGAGAGUUGCGGAGAUUCAAGAGCUAACUGAUUCACAUUUAAGGUCCUAUGUGCCCUCACAAGACAACCCUGCUGAUGAUAUUACUCGUGGCCUGUCACUGGCUCAGCUAGCCGAACCUACCCGCUGGAAGAAUGGCCCAGAAUUUUUGCAAAAACCUCUAUCGUCUUGGCCCAAAAUGCCCAAUCUGGAGCCAGCCGACACUUCAAAGGAACUGCGUAAACCAGUAUCCUUCCAUCUAAUAGCUCAGGGUGACCAGCAUUCAGUCAUUGCAUCUCAAUUUGACAACUUUCAAGAGCUUGUAAAUGCAACUGCCAGAUCCCUUCACGGGGCGGCCAGUUCCACAGACACUUUCACUGCUGACACGUAUAAGAAAGCCGAGCUCCGAAUUAUUCAACAGUCUCAAAUGGAGAGUUUUCCUGAUGAAUAUGCUCAGCUUCAAGCAGGGAAGGCCAUCUCCUCAAACAGUCGUCUAAAGACAUUAGCUGCCGAAUUUGAUUCUGACACGCAACUGAUUAGAGUUGGUGGACGACUCCGAAGAUGUCACCUACUGAGUCCUGACAUUCUUCACCCAAUUGUCCUAGACCCAGUCCAUCCAGUGACUAAACUACUAAUUCAGCAGUACGAUGCACAGCUCCAUCACCCUGGUACUGAAAGAGUCUUUGCUGAAAUCAGAAGACGCUUCUGGAUCUUGAGAGGUCGUCAAGCAGUAAGAUCUAUUCAACAUCACUGUACUGAGUGUCAAAGGUGGCGUGGCAAGCCCAAUAUACCUAAAAUGGCUGACUUGCCUCCUUCCAGUUUAAGACUCUUCCAACCAGCCUUUUACUCUACAGGCAUGGACUGUUUUGGCCCAUUUAUCAUCAAAAUUGGGCGCCGGAACGAGAAACGCUGGGGUAUAAUUUAUAAAUGUUUGACCACAAGGGCAGUGUACAUCGACCUUCUCUCUCAAGCUGACACAGACUCCUUCCUCAUGUCUCUACGUCGAUUCAUCGCCCGUAGGGGAAAACCUCAUGAGUUGUGCUCUGAUCAAGGUACUAAUUUCAAGGGUGGAGAUCGUGAGCUUAAGGAGGCCUUCAACAAUAUUCACCCUCAGUUACAAAGAGAACUUGCCAAGCAACAGAUUGACUUCCAUUACAAUCCACCAAACUCCCCACAUUUCGGAGGAUCCUGGGAAAGAGAAAUCAGAUCUCUUAAAGCUGCACUGUACACAACCAUUGGUGUGCAAACUGUCACAGAGGAAGUGCUCAGGACUGUCCUUGUUGAAAUUGAAGUAAUUCUAAAUUCAAAGCCAUUGGGAUACGUAUCCUCAGAUGUAGCUGAUCCUGAUCCAAUAACCCCUAAUUCUCUCUUAAUGGGCAGACGAGACUCUGCCUUGCCUCAGGUAAUUUACCCUGCAUCUGAACUGCUCAGUCGCAAGCGCUGGAGACACAGCCAGAUAUUGGCAGACCAGUUCUGGAGCAGUUAUAUGCGUAACUACCUGCCCGGACUCCAGUCUCGCCAGAAAUGGCAACAAGAGAAAGACAACUUGACAGUAGGGACAGUGGUUAUGAUUGCUGAUCCACAAUUCCCCAGAGCACUCUGGCCUGUUGGAACUGUGAAAUCUGUCCAGGUCGGAGCUGAUAAUAAAGUUAGAGCUGCAGAAAUCCAGAUCAAAGACAGAACCUACAUCAGACCUGUUGUCAGACUUAUUAAGCUCCCUUCACUUCCAGAAUGACUGUGAGUACUGGCCCAAGAUGCAAAUCUGCAAGCACAUUUGGGGGCGGCUGUACUAAAAUGGCGGCCAGUUAUUUAAUGUUCAUACAGUUCUAAUAUAUGUGUAAUGUUUGGUCGCUGUUUUUAUUUAGUCAGGCGUCAGUCACACACCUAUUGUUAGGACCCCGAUGUCUAAAGGACCCGGAUGCUGACGCAGCUUCACAGCAGAUAUGAUCGCUAUCAUUAUAACUAGCGUGUGACGAUUCUAACGGUGAUGAUAAUGCCAGUUCUCCCGCAAUAUUGAGUUAUCGCAUGUGUGCGUGCAUCAAAGAGUAAGUUUGUUUCUUCAUUAUACUGUGUUUAUAUUUGAUUGUUACAUUAGUCUUUCAAGACGUGUUUACCUCGUCUGUCAAGCACAUGUGCCUGUCAGCUAAUCUCUAGCCAAUCUUAUCAGACGAUCGCUGUUAGACGCACUUUCAGUGUUAAUGUCAUAGCAAAUACGGAUAUUAUUCAUUUGCAUAUUGAUGUUUAUCAGUGUGUAUAUUUACAUUUUAUUGUUGUUGUUUCCUUUUCUAGAACCACACUUAAUUAAAUAUUGUUCCAGUU